AUGAAUGAACCUCCAUCCUCCGAAGAACCAAAAGAAACAGAUGCUGAAGACCAUGAAAGAAUUGCAUUUGAUACUGAUAAACCAGAAGAGCAAGAGGGAAAACCUACGAGUCCACCCCAAAAUAAAGACGAUGAAUCUAAAACUGAUGAAGCACCUGCACCAACUGUGGAUGAAACAGCUCAAGAAAAAUCUGAAGAAGAAAAGCCGGAAUCUAAAGAAGAUGAGGAAAAGGAUGAAGAACCAAAACCAGAUUCAAAAGCCGAUCAAGAUGGUGAUAUUUCUAUACCUGAUGCAAAUAAUAGUGAAUACGAAGGUGAAAGUGAUCAAGGAGAGGAAGAUGAAGAACCAAGUGACGCAGAAGAAGAUGACGCAGAAGAAGAAGAUGGUGUACGAAAAUCCAAGUCUCGUUCAAGAACUGCUGAACCACCAAAGAUCAAAGAUGAAAAUGAUGCACAAAAUGAUGAUGCCAAAGAUCAAACAGAUGUUAAAGAAUCUUCAGAUGCCACUGCAGUUGGUGGUUCCAAGAAUGAACCUUAUAUUCCUCAAACUCAUACCAUUGUCAUUCCAUCUUAUGCAUCUUGGUUUGAUUUCAAAAGUAUUCAUCCAAUAGAGAAGGAAUCAUUACCAGAAUUUUUCACAAAUCAAAACCCUUCCAAAACUCCACAAAUUUAUGUCAAAUACAGAAACUUCCUGAUCAAUGCCUAUAGAUUGAAUCCAAAUGAUUAUUUAACAGUGACGGCUGCUAGAAGAAACUUGGUUGGUGAUGUUGGAACCAUUUUAAGAUUGCAUAGAUUUUUAUCAAGAUGGGGAUUAAUCAACUAUCAAGUUGAUGCUGUCGAAAAACCAAAACCUGUUGAACCACCAUUCACUGGAGACUAUAAUGUGACAUAUGAUGCCCCACGAGGCCUUUUCCCAUUUGAAUCUUUCAAACCUCCUUUAGAACCUUACAAGCUGGAGAAAUUGAAAGAAUUGACAAGGGGUAAAAGAGAAUUGAAUGGUGAUGGGAAUGGAGUUGAAGCUAAAAAAGAGGAGCAAACAGGAGAAGGAGAAAUCAAAGAUGAACCAAUAGUCAAUGGUGGUGAUGUUAAAAGACCAAAGAUUACAAAGAGCAUAAAUGAUGGUUGGACCAAAGAAGAUUUAAAGAAGUUGUUAGAAGGAUUAACUAAAUUCAAAGGUGAUUGGGAAUCUAUAGCUACACAUGUUGGAACACAUACAGUGGAGCAAUGUAUUAUCAGAUUUUUGAAACUACCAAUUGAAGAUAAAUUUGUUGGAGAUUCUGCUCAAAAUUUGGGGCCUUUGAAAUAUGCACCAUAUUUACCAUUUUCACAAGCUGAUAAUCCAGUUUUAUCCACUUUGGCAUUUUUAGUAUCAUUGGUUGAUCCAGAUGUUGUUAAAGCUGCCACCUCUAAUGCUAUAAAGAUUAUUGAUGAAAAAGAUCUUGAGCAAACGCUAGAGAAAGAGGAAAAGGGUGAAUCUUCUGAAGUAGCCGGUAAUGGUGUUGAAGAAAGUGCAAGAAUUUCAUUCACUACAGUUGGUGCAAGAAGCCAUAUUUUCAAAACUAAUGAAGAGAUUGAAAUGAAUAAAUUAACCAACGUUAUUGUGAACACUCAAUUAAGUAAGUUGGAAUUGAAAAUGGCUAAAUUGGAGUCAGUGGAGAAAGAACUAGAUCUUGAAAAAAGAAUAUUACAAAAACAACAAGAGGAAUUAUUCUUGGAUAGAUUAUCAUUCAGUAAGACUUCAUCAUUAGUCAUUUCAAAAUUGAAUAAUGCCGUUGAAAAAGCAUCAUCAGAUCCACAAGAAUUGUCGAGAUUGGUACUUGAAGCUAAAGAAUUAUUGGCCAAGCCUGCAAGAUCAGAACUGGCUUCAUUUGAUUUGUCUAAAAGAGAUACUAAAUCGGUUCAACCUGAUCAAACUACAGAUGAAGCUGAGAAUGCCGCAACUACUGUUGCAGAUGAUGAUCUCAAGCCUAUCAGUAUUGAGACCCCACAAACAUAUAGAUAUUGGUCUGGUUAA